AACAGAACAGAACAUGGGGCAUGUAUUGAACCUGAGCAUUCCAAAAUCUAACCAUAACUAUUUCUUUUGUUCCACCCUCAUGGCUUCAACAGCAACACCUUCUCCACAAAUUCUACUAUUCAAUCCAAUCUUAGGAAACACCAAAACAAUAAGAAGAAUAAGAAUUUUUAGGAUAGCAAGAACCUCAAACUCUCACUACAGUUUCCAAGUUCAUGCUUCUAAGGACUCUCAAGGACCACAAAAAGCACCACCUGGAAUUGACACAAGAAUCCAUUGGGAGAAUGAUGAUGAAGGUUGGAUUGGAGGUAGCACCAAACAGCAACAAACAAAUGCAGAGGAGAAACCUAAGAAGCUUUUGGGUGAAGACUUUGCUGAUUUGCUCAAUUUUCAAGGUUCUCAUUAUGAAUUCUUAGGAAUAUCACCAGAAGCUGAUGUAGAAGCAAUCAAAAUGGCAUUCAGGAAACUAUCAAAGGAGUAUCAUCCAGACACAACUUCACUCCCUCUAAAAACAGCCUCAGAAAAAUUCAUGAAAUUAAAAGAAGUUUACACUGUUCUGAGCAAUGAAGAAAGUAGGAGAUUCUAUGAUUGGACACUUGCUCAAGAGGUUGCAAGUCGCCAACAAGAGAAAUUGAAAAUAAAAUUAGAGGAUCCUUAUGAGGUAGCUUUGAAGAAUUAUGAACCUGUUCCAGACAUGGUUGAUCGUCUUGGUGGAAAGAAUAUGAAGCUUAGUGAUCAAGCUGUUUCAGCUAUCACUAUUGAUAUUUUUAUCAUUAUUUUUUCCAUAUGUUGUAUCACUUAUGUAGUUUUCUUUAAAGAAUACUGAUAUCUGUAAAUUUGUAUAUGUGAUGCUAUAGAAGUAAAGGAAAAAAUUCACAACA